CGCUCUAUCCGAGCUAAGGUCACCGCUGACAUUCCGCAGCUAACCUGCCUUUGAAGCGGAGCAAACCGAGCCAGGACCCGGUCCACAACCGAACCAAGCAUCAUGUCUCUGUCUAACAAGCUCACCCUGGACAAAGUUGACGUCAGCGGGAAGCGGGUCGUUAUGAGAGUCGACUUCAAUGUUCCCAUGAAGGAUAAGCACAUCACAAACAACCAGAGGAUAAAGGCAGCAGUUCCCAGCAUCCAGCACUGUCUGGACCACGGGGCCAAGUCCGUGGUGUUGAUGAGCCACCUGGGCCGCCCAGACGGGAACUUCAUGCCUGAGAAGUACUCUCUGGAGCCGGYCGCUGCUGAGCUCAAGACCCUUCUGGGCAGACCAAGGCCAGCCAGGACCAGAUCGACUCCUUCAGGGCGUCUCUGUCCAAACUGGGAGACGUUUACGUCAACGACGCCUUCGGGACGGCUCACAGAGCUCACAGCUCCAUGGUGGGAGUGAACCUGCCUCAGAAGGCAGCAGGUUUCCUCAUGAAGAAGGAGCUGGACUACUUCGCCAUGGCCCUGGAGAAACCCCAGAGACCCUUCCUGGCCAUCCUGGGAGGAGCGAAGGUGAAAGAUAAGAUCCAGCUGAUCAACAACAUGCUGGAUAAGGUCGACGAGAUGAUCAUCGGCGGCGGGAUGGCCUUCACCUUCCUCAAAGUCCUCAACAACAUGGAGAUCGGGAACUCUCUGUUCGACGAGGAGGGCGCCGCCAUCGUCAAAGACCUGAUGGCCAAAGCUGAGAAGAAUGGCGUGAAGAUCACGCUGCCCGUCGACUUCAUCACCGCCGACAAGUUUGACGAGCACGCCGCCACCGGCACCGCCACCGUAGCUGAGGGCAUCCCAGCCGGGUGGAUGGGUCUAGACUGUGGACCGGAGAGCUCGAAGGCCUACGCCGAGGCGGUGGGCCGGGCCAAGCAGAUCGUGUGGAACGGUCCCGUCGGCGUGUUCGAGUGGGACAACUUCGCCAAGGGGACGAAGAACCUGAUGGACAAAGUGGUGGAGGUGACCAAGUCRGGCUGCGUGACCAUCAUCGGUGGGGGCGACACUGCGACCUGUUGYGCCAAGUGGAACACAGAAGAUAAAGUCAGCCACGUCAGCACUGGAGGCGGAGCCAGUCUGGAGCUGCUAGAAGGUAAAGUCCUGCCCGGUGUCGACGCCCUCAGCAGUGUCUGAACCUCAGCAGCUGGGCUGUGUGUCGGUGUGUGUGWGAGAGAGAGAGAGUUGGGUAGCUCCUGCACUGUUCCUGUUUACUCCUGAAACAUCCCAGAAGUGACACAAACUCGCAGUUUCCCUCAUUAACGCCUUACAUCAGCUAAACUACUGGCAGUGGAAGCCCUUUGUUUUCAUUUUUGACCUUUUAAAGACAAACAGACCAAACUUUAUGAGGUUGAAGGUGAAGUUCUGUUGCUUAAACAUGAUGUUSCAGUUAUCCAGCAGACAUUAAGGCCUCUGCUUCCUGUAGGGAAAAACAUAAAUCCUCUGAGUUGGCCCCUGAAUGUGUGGUUUCUCUGCACCGCCACAAGGUUUAUACUGUAUAUGUAGAGCUAAUGUAGAAGCUGUUGUGGUGAGUUUGUAGGUGUUGCUUUUGUCUGUCAGCUCUGUUUAAUCUGAUUAUAAAAUGAUAAUAAAGCUG